AUGAAUAUACCAGAUCAUUGUGCCCUUAAUCGCAACGCAAUCAUCACGCCGACCAGAAUAUACUUCAACACUCCAACGGUGGAGACAACAAACCGGGUGGUUCGCCAUUACAGCGACUACCGUGACAGAUUCAUGCGGAUCCAGUUCACAGACGAGGCUCUAGAAGGCCGUAUCAACGGAUGCAUGAAUGGAGAUCUUGACAACGUCGUGACCUGCGAAACGAUCCUCAAGUGGAUGGGUCGGUUCAACCACAUUACCGUGGUCGCCAAGUACGCGGCCAGGAUCGGACAGUGUUUCUCGUCGACUCGACGCGUCUCUGGAAUCCCGAAGCUUGUGAAAAUUCCGCUGGCAGAUACCGAGAGAGAAGGGCGCUUCACAGAUGGGGACGAGAAGCUCGUUCCUACGUCCCAGUGGUGCAACCCUCCUAUGAACUAUACUCCGCCGCCUCCAAUCGAGGAAAGAAACGGUCCCACGGCCGAUAGCCUGAAAGCCUUCUUCGUGUUAUACAUGAAGAACAACAACCUGCCACUGAUUGCUCACGCUCAUCUGGCUACGGCUGAUUACGAAGACAGGGGUGCAAAGAGCGAGAAAUGUGAGUGA